UGCCUCCCCUGGUGUCGGACUCCUGCCUCCGGGGAGCGCUGCCCCCCACCCCCACCCCGGCCCUGCAGCCCCCGGGCAGGCGCUGGACGGUGUGGCCAGGCCCAGGGCCGGGCGCCGGGAGGAAGCCCGUGGCCUGCAUGGAGGAGGUGCCCGCAGCUGGCAGAGCAUGAGCGCCCCAGAGCCCGGCCACCGCAGCCCCAGGCCCCGGAGCAGCCCGGCCCGGGGAGGGACGAGCCCGGCCCGGGAGGAGUGACCCUCAGGCCUCGGUAACCGGAGGGAGCUGCGUCCUGAGCGCCUGCCACAUGCCAGGAGGCGGCCCCGGGAUGGACGACUACAUGGAGACGCUCAAGGACGAGGAGGACGCGCUGUGGGAGAAUGUGGAGUGCAACCGGCACAUGCUGAGCCGUUACAUCAACCCGGCCAAGCUCACGCCCUACCUGCGCCAGUGCAAGGUCAUCGACGAGCAGGACGAGGACGAGGUGCUCAACGCGCCCAUGCUGCCCUCCAAGAUCAACCGCGCAGGCCGGCUGCUGGACAUCCUGCACACCAAGGGCCAGCGGGGCUACGUGGUGUUCCUGGAGAGCCUGGAGUUCUACUACCCGGAGCUGUACAAGCUGGUGACCGGCAAGGAGCCCACACGCAGGUUCUCCACCAUCGUGGUGGAGGAGGGCCACGAGGGCCUCACGCACUUCCUCAUGAACGAGGUCAUCAAGCUGCAGCAGCAGAUGAAGGCCAAGGACCUGCAGCGCUGCGAGCUGCUGGCCAAGGCGCGGCAGCUGGAGGACGAGAAGAAGCAGCUGAUGCUGACGCACGUGGAGCUGCAAACCUUCCAGGAGCGCUACUACAAGAUGAAGGAGGAGCGCGACGGCUACAACGACGAGCUGGUCAAGGUCAAGGACGACAACUACAACCUGGCCAUGCGCUACGCGCAGCUCAGCGAGGAGAAGAACAUGGCCGUGAUGCGGAGCCGGGACCUGCAGCUCGAGAUCGACCAGCUGAAGCACCGGCUGAACAAGAUGGAGGAGGAGUGCAAGCUGGAGCGGAACCAGUCCCUGAAGCUCAAGAACGACAUCGAGAGCCGGCCCAAGAGGGAGCAGGUGCUGGAGCUGGAGCGCGAGAACGAGAUGCUCAAGACCAAGAUCCAGGAGCUGCAGUCCAUCAUCCAGGCCGGGCAGCGCAGCCUGCCGGACUCGGACAAGGCCAUCCUGGACAUCCUGGAGCACGACCGCAAGGAGGCGCUGGAGGACCGGCAGGAGCUGGUCAACAAGAUCUACAACCUGCAGGAGGAGGCCCGCCAGGCCGAGGGGCUGCGGGACAAGUACCUGGAGGAGAAGGAAGACCUGGAGCUGAAGUGCUCGACGCUGGGGAAGGACUGCGAGAUGUACAAGCACCGCAUGAACACGGUGAUGCUGCAGCUGGAGGAGGUGGAGCGGGAGCGGGACCAGGCCUUCCACUCCCGGGACGAGGCACAGACGCAGUACUCACAGUGCCUGAUUGAGAAGGACAAGUACCGGAAGCAGAUCCGCGAGCUGGAGGAGAAGAACGACGAGAUGCGGAUCGAGAUGGUGCGGCGCGAAGCCUGCAUCGUCAACCUGGAGAGCAAGCUGCGGCGCCUGUCCCGGGACAGCGGCAGCCUGGACCAGAGUCUGCCCCGGAACCUGCCGGUGACCAUCAUCUCCCAGAGCUUCGGGGACGCCAGCCCCAGGACCAACGGCCAGGAAGCCGACGACUCCUCCACCUCCGAGGACUCACCUGAAGACAGCAGAUACUUCCUGCCCUGCCACCCGCCCAAGCGCAGGAUGAACCUGAAGGGCAUCCAGCUGCAGAGAGCCAAGUCCCCCAUCAGCCUGAAGCGCGCGUCCGACUUUCCAGGGAGGGGACAGGAAGAAGAAGGCAUGGACGUCAGCCCCAGCUCCUCCCGGUCCCUGCCCAUCACCAGCUCCUUCCCUAAGAUGCAGCCCCACCGGAGCCGGUCCAGUAUCAUGUCCAUCACCGCUGAGCCCCCGGGGAACGACUCCAUCGUCAGGCGCUGCAAGGAGGACGCGCCCCAUCGGAGCGCCGUGGACGAGGACAACGACAGCGGCGGCUUCGACGUCUUAGACCUUGACGAUGACAGCCACGAGCGGUGCUCCUUCGGACCCCCCUCCAUCCACUCCUCCUCCUCCUCCCACCAGUCCGAGGGCGUGGACGCCUUCGACCUGGAGCAGGUCAACCUCAUGUUUAGGAAGUUCUCUCUAGAAAGACCCUUCCGGCCGUCGGUCACGUCGGUGGGGCAGGUGCGGGGCCCCGGGCCCGCGGUGCAGCCCUCGGUGCAGCACGCCACGCUGAGCGGCGACGGCCUCACCUCCCAGCUCACCCUGCUCGGCGGCAACGCAAGCGGCAGCUUCGUGCACUCGGUCAAGCCCGGCUCGCUGGCCGAGAAGGCCGGGCUGCAUGAGGGCCUGCAGCUGCUGCUGCUAGAAGGCUGCAUCAAGGGCGAGCGGCAGAGCGUGCCCCUCGACUCCUGCACGAAGGAGGAGGCGCACUGGACCAUCCAGCGGUGCAGCGGGCCCGUCACCCUGCACUACAAGGCCAACCAGGAAGGGUACCGGACGCUGCUGAAGGACAUGGAGGAGGGCCUGGUGACCUCAGGGGACUCCUUCUACAUCCGGCUGAACCUGAACAUCUCCGGCCAGCUGGACGCCUGCUCCCUGUCCCUGAGGUGCGACGACGUGGUGCACGUGCGCGACACCAUGUACCAGGACCGGCACGAGUGGUUGUGCGCGCGCGUCGACCCGUUCACGGACCACGACCUGGACCUGGGCACCAUCCCCAGCUACAGCCGAGCCCAGCAGCUGCUCCUGGUCAAGCUGCAGCGGCUGAUGCAGCGGGGCAGUCGCGAGGAGGCCGACAGCGCCCACCACACCCUCAGGGCCUUCCGGAACACCCUGCAGCCCGAAGAGCCGCUCUCCACCAGUGACCCCCGGGUCAGCCCCCGCCUCUCGAGAGCCAGUUUCCUCUUUGGCCAGCUGCUCCAGUUCGUCAGCAGGUCGGAGAACAAGUACAAGAGGAUGAACAGCAACGAGCGCGUGCGCAUCGUUCCCGGGAGCCCGCGCGGGGGCCUGGCCCGGCCCUCCAUGGACGCCACCAAGCUCCUGGCCGACAGGCAGGAAGAGCUGGACCCCGAGAGCGAGCUCAGCAAGAACCUCAGCCUGAUCCCCUACAGCCUGGUGCGCGCCGUCCACUGCGAGCGCCGCCGGCCCGUGCUCUUCACGCCCACCAUGCUGGCCAAGGCGCUGGUGCAGAAGCUGCUCAACUCGGGGGGCGCCAUGGAGUUCACCAUGUGCAAGCCAGAUGUUGUUACGAGAGACGAGUUCCUCAGAAAGCAGAGGUCAGAGACCAUCAUCUACUCCCGAGAGAAGAACCCCAACACCUUCGAGUGCAUCGUCCCCGCCAACAUCGAGGCUGUGGCGGCCAAGAACAAGCAUUGCCUGCUGGAGGCCGGGAUCAGCUGCACGCGAGACCUGAUCAAGUCCAGGAUCUACCCCAUCGUGCUCUUCAUCCGGGUGUCGGAGAAGAACAUCAAGAGGUUCAGGAAGAUGCUGCCGCGGCCGGACACGGAGGAGGAGUUCCUGCGCCUGUGCCGGCUGAAGGAGAAGGAGCUGGAGGCGCUGCCCUGCCUGUACGCCACGGUGGAGACCGACAUGUGGGGCAGCGUGGAGGAGCUGCUGCGCGUGGUCAAGGACAAGAUCGGCGAGGAGCAGCGCAAGACCGUGUGGGUGGACGAGGACCAGCUGUGAGGCGGCGUGUGCCAGCGGGACUCGGCGGGUGUCCGGGCCCCACGGCAGGGCUCUGGGCGAGGGCAGAGGGCAUCGUGUGCCCGCAGAGCCGCCCGCCUGGGGCUUCUCCCCCCAGCGAGAGCCCGGGGCCAGACCCUCCCUCAGAGGGAGCGGGCGCGGAGCCGCUGAUCCCGCGGGGCUGGGCGGCCGAGGGUCCGGCCUGGCUGCCCGGAGCGGGGGCAGGGCCCCCAGAGGGCACAGCCGGCCGAGGAGCCGCAGCAGCAGUUGAAUGUGACGCAGGGAGCGGGCGUGCGGCCCGCGAUGCAGGGACCCAGCGGCCGGGCACCGCCUGUGCGGGGACGGGACGCUCAGAGCACACAUUCCCGCCAGGACCGCCAUCGGGCGGGGGAGCUGUGCCCGCUGUUCUUUUUCUUGCAUUAAAAUG